UGUAAAUAAAGUUUCACGUGGUUUUUAGUUAUGUCAUCGACCGAAUUCGUCAUGGGUCAGUGCUGCGGAGUCUGCGUCAAACGUAUGGACCGGUCCUCCUUUGCCAGCAGACGCUUCGCCGGAUAACUCGAUGGUAUGGAACAAUCCUUAUCCAAAAAAGACAGCUCAACCAGACAAAGGAACGACGUUGUGGGGCGAUCCGAAUGCGCAGGGCGAGAUCCAUCGAUGGAAAAGCUGCUCGGAUGACCUGAUGCCGAGCGUCAUUCAGACAGAAUUACCUUUGUCGCCGCCUCCGACUCUCAUGUCGGGCGUCUCGUCGAAUUCUUCUAUCGCCCUCACCUCGACCUCGGGUCAGGCGGCUGCCUCCAGCUCAUCUGCCGCCAACAGCAACAGUGUUUGGAAGGAUUCACCGAUCGCUCCUCAACCGCUCAAAAUGUCCAGCGGUGGAGUAGGCUCGUGGAACUCGUCCGCUGAAAAGCAGUCGCCUGUUCAAGGACCGACUUCAACAUCUGCAUCGACGACAACUACGGCUAUCAGCGGCAAUGGCUUGACUUCUAAUUCAGUGGCAGCUACUUCAUGCCAAUCAGUUACCUCUCCUGAUUGUAAAAAUUGGUUAGAUACUACAGGCAAACAUACCUCGUCCGUUUAUUCGUCGACAUCUCAGUGGAAUGAAGCGGUGACCGGCGGCGAUUCAUCGAAACAGCAGCUAACUCAGCAGAUUGCCGAUCAGCUGUGUGCGGCAGUUCGAGCUGGCCUGGUCGACAUGAGCAUUCUGCAUCACCCGCUGCCGCAGGAAACGUUACUGAAGCUCAAUCAUUUGUUACAAUUCAUUCCGAAGCUCGAGAAGACCAGGGCCGAAAUCCAAAAGCUGCAACAGAAAAUGCCGCUGAACGUCGCACAACAGAACGAGCUUCAGCGAUACUUGCUCGAAAUGCAUCAGUUGAAAAGCAGCAUUCAGAAUCUGAAGAUGCAAAUCAGUGCUCAAACCAACUUUCCAGGUGUUAACCUACGGUCUCCAGGAGGUACCUCAAUGGGGCCCGACUCUUGCUACCUGACCGAUACUUUUAACCAGUCAAAACUCUUACAAUGGAAGCAAAGCUUGGGUGCGACCGGUUCAUCGAAUGAAGUGGUCACUGAUCGAAACAAAUUGAACGCGUCCGCCUCCGUUCCAAACUUAGAGAACCUCGAAAAUGUUCUAGUCAAUUUGAAUCUGGGUGCAGUGAAGGAUCCGUGGUCGAUGAAGCGUGGCUCCGUGCUGGAAUGGCCGCAAGAGCUGCAAACAAAGGGAUGUCGCAACGGCGGUUCUAACACGAAUGGCGGCAAUUUCACCGUCGAUCCUUUGAAUGCUGAUUCAGACAUUAGCGGCGGCGGCUUUGCGUCAGGCUUUGAUGAAGGUCCUCCUGAGUUCCGUCCCGGACAGAAAUGGGAGUGGAAGGACCCAAAGGAAGUCGCCGAUGACCCCAAUGCCACACCCGAAUUCUCUACACUUACGUCUACGGGCUUUAUGAAUAACUGUGUGCCUUCGUUUCCAUUUAACGCGUCUUUCAUGGGCAUGCCCAAUGCGGGCGGCGGUGGUAGGAGCAGCUACGAGUCGAAGCAGCAUCCAAUGUGCCAAAAUAUUGGCGGCUGCGGCGACAGCUGGGGCACCAGAGGCAGCCGUCCUCAUCCUCAGAUGCAUCAGUCUUUGACUCGUUAUCCGUUUAGUUCUGCCUCGUCUUCUGUUGCCUCCUCGUUUGUGCCUUUCAAUAACAGAUCUUGCGCAAAUCAGUGGAUCGUACUUUUAAACUUGAAUCAGGUCGAUGAACAGACGCUGCAGUUGAUAUUUUCCAGAAUUGGAAGCAUAAAUGCCUUCUUUUACCCUCCUGGUGCUGGCUUUGCAGCUGUAAGAUUCAAAGACGUGAUAGCCGAAAAGGUCUUCUCUCGCGUGCAGCAGGAGUUCGCGCCAAUCGGUGUAACCGUGCAACUUGCCAAGGAUGGCGAGGUGGAGAGACUGAUCCAGUCGUUUGCCAACCAGCGACAACCACAGCAACAACAGCCUAGCAGCGGUUACGGGCACGCGGCGGCGGCACACGUGUCGCAUAACAUGAUGUGGGAGUUGCCGCCCCCGCAUAGCGGCCAGUGGCCAGGAAACAGCGGGCCUCCCCCUCCUCCGUUUACCGGACCUCCAGGCAUUCCUCUUGCUGACCCUAUCGCUUUAAUGCAUCAUGGAGUCGGCCCGAUUUUUAACGAUGGAUUGUACAGUACUGAUCGUCAACCGACAUUCUCAUGA